CUCACUACAAAAAUGGACGGUAAGUACCCCUCCCAAUCCCUCUUCCCCACCCACUUCCCCACUUCCUCUUUCAUUCUAGACCACUCGAUCAGUUCCGACGACUCAAUAGCCGACUCUUACGACGCUGAAGGGAACUACAUCGGCAAGAAGGAAAAAGUCAACAGGAAGGAAGAAGCACUGUACGGGGAAUUUUUAAGACACUCGCCUGAUAGAGAACAGAGAAAGAGAGGAAGGAGUAAGAAAGAAGCUGAUUAUACUAAGCCUGUGAAGUAUGUUAGAGGAGAAACAUUGGUCAAUAAAGCGACACGUGAGACGAUGGUAAAACCUGGGGUAAAGAAGAAAGUAGAGGUGAGUAAGGAAGAAGAUGAUGAACAGAGAAAAGAGAAAUUUAAGAAACAAAUGCAAGAAAUGCCUACUUUGUUUGGGAAAGGGGGAAGUAAGGCAGAUGUAAGCCAGACUAUUGAAAAUCAACGCCUUAAACGUGAAGAGAAGAAAUAUGAAAUGUAUGGGAAAGGACAUAAAUUCUUGAAGAAUAUGGGAUUCACUGCGGAUCAGCAUAUUGAAAUUGUGCAUGCUGUUAAGAGACAAAAUGGACUUGGACUAGGAGCGAAAGAUCCUAAAGGGAAACAGCAUAAUCCUGAUUUAGAGAGAGGCAGAAAGGGAUUUGAGUAUGGCCAAGAUGGAGGGGUUAACAAGACAAAGAAACCGGUAACAGUUCCUAAGGAAGCAAAGCCAAAUGAUAAGGAAUUUCUCCAAUUUCUGAUGAAGACAAGUCAAGAAACUUCAAAACAGAAAGUAAAGCGAGCUAGGAAUACUGAAAAUGAGUUCUCUGCUGAAAAUUUUAUGAAAAAUAGUCGGGUCGUGAAUCAAUUAAAUCUCAUUGACGAGACUGGAGGUCAUGCAAAUGCUAUAUUUUCAAAAAGUAGUUAUAAAGAUGAUCAGUCAAGAUACCAAGAUCAGCCUGAUGGAGUUUUCCUCGAGUCAGACCGGCAAGAAUCCAAGAAACCUUUGACCAAGAGGAUGCAGAUUUUUGAGAAAUACAACAGACAGAAAGAAUUGGUCAAGAGUAAACUUCAGUCUUGUAUAAAUAAGAAAGAAUUUGCUAAUUCUUUACUCAUAACGAUGGACCAUGAACAAGCAACCUUAAUUCAGCAGAUAAAGGAAGAGGAGGAAUCCAAGGCUCAUUUGGUGGGUUAUAAACAGAAACUUGACACGCUCCUUGAGAAGGCACAAAAUAGCCAUGAUCUUAUUGACUCGUUCAAGCAACUUUACUUAGAUACUUUUCAAGGCAAAAAGAAAGGAGCAGAGGGAAGUAAAUACUGAAAAGUAGAUUUAUUUGACCUGGAGCAGUUCAGCCUCGCAACAAUGCUGUGCAAAAUUCUUUGUCACACACUUGGCAAAGAAGCGAAACAGGUGGACUUCUUAACCCAGCCUCUUAUUUUAUUCGAUACUGUAGCUAGCUUUAGAGAAUUUUUACUUAAAAUUCUUGAAGAUAAUAUAUCCAAUCUUGAAGGUGAGGAAGCAGAUGGGUUAUUUGGCUAUUCUAGUCUACAAGAGAAAGAACUUGCCAAUGGCAAACAGAUCAUAGGAGCUUAUCUCACAAUUCUAUUGAAGGAUACACUAUAUCACAAUUUGAGGCAGUUUAUUUCAGUCAAGUGGGAUCCUGUAGAGGAGAUCCAUCUAAUAAAUUUCUUUGAGAAAUGGUCUAAUCUGAUCCCUCUCAGGUUAUACAAUCAUAUUCUAUCGUCAUAUGUGAUUCCAAAAUUGAAGCAGGAGAUGGACAAAAUUGAUUCUAAGCAAGCCAUAUCUCACUCGUUCUUUGACUGGGUAUCUCCUUGGGUGGAUAUACUUGACAAGAAUUCACCAAAAGAUGCUCAGACCUUCAGAGUAGCUAUCAGGCUAAAGCUGGUCCAGUUUAUGAAAGAAUGGUCUCCUUCAAACAAUGAGCUCACCAAGGAGAUUCAAAAGUGGAGGAAGCUGUAUGAUGAUAACAACUGGAAGAGCUUGGUAUCAGCUGUUGUUGCUAAGCUAGCUUAUCACCUUAAGAAAUUGAAAAUAAAUCCUCAAAACCAGAAGAUAGAGCCAGUUAGCUGGGUCUUGAAGUGGUCCUCUCAUCUUGAUACCAAGACUAUGUGCACUAUUUUCAGAGAAAAUUUAAUCCAUAAUUGGGUUAAGACGUGAAUUAAAUGGGCAGAAAUGCCAAAUGCAGAUUUUGCUGAAAUCAUGGAAUGGUAUCAGGGAUGGAAAGGACUGCUACCUGCCAAGGUUAGAGAAGAUCCAGAGAUCCAGAAUUACUUCAAAUGCGCACUGAUUUAUAUAAACUCUAGGAUUUAAUUCAAUAGAUAUAUGGCUU